UUCCUGUUUGAUGAUUACAAGAUGGCGGACAAAGAGAAAGGGAAGAUGCCAUCUAGUGUAGUUUUUACGUGUUUAUUUCUGUUAGUCCUCUUAGUUCAGACAAUAUACACAGAAAAGGAUACAUGUACAUCGUCUAACUGUGUGGAGGGCAGAUGUGUGAACGGAACAUGCGAGUGUGACACUGGUUGGGCUCCUCCACAAUGUAAACAUUGCAUGGGAAUAAUCAGAUUACAGAACGCGGAGGGAAUCAUCUCGGACGGGCACAGUAAUUACACCGAGGACAACAAGUGUAUGUGGCUGGUGGACACCGGACAGAACCAGUCCCUGUGGUUCCAGUUCCACCAGUUCUCCACCGAGUGUGGAUGGGACCACCUCUACAUCUACGACGGAGACUCCGCCUUCGCUCCUUUACUGGCAGCUUUCAGUGGUCUAAUACACAAGGAUUACACAACAACCAAUGAGCUGCAGGAGAUUAGAACUACCUCAGGGAAAGCUUUCCUAUAUUUCUACAGUGAUGCAGCGUACAACAUGUCAGGCUUCAAUAUUACCUACAGGAGUGGAGGUUGCCCUAAGAACUGUUCAGGACAAGGAGACUGCUCUGGGGACACAUGUACUUGCCACCCAGGGUACAAAGGGAAGGACUGCAGUGACAUUGUCUGUCCCAACAACUGCUCACAAAAUGGAAACUGUAUCAACGACCAGUGUGAGUGCUUCCAGGACUUCAAAGGUGAGGACUGCAGUUUGACAUCAGACAAGGCUUCCUGGCAGCAGAGAUUUUUACAGAAGGACAUCCUGACCAGGGUGUCGUCAGGGGCAGCUGUUGUUGGGGAGGAUGCCUUCCUGGUUGGGGGAUACUCAUUCAAACCACUAGACUUCCUUGUCAAAUACAAGAUGGCAUCUGGUGACCUUGAGGUGAUAACUCCAGUGUCGACAGAAAACCCUGCUCCUCGCUACGGUCACUCCGUGGUGGCCUAUCAGAACAAACUGUACAUGUUUGGUGGAGUUGAGGGAAAUGAAACAUCUAAAGACCUGUGGACCUACAGUACUACAGCCAAUACUUGGUCAGUACAGCGCUACACCAGUACUGUUCCUAUGGGAGUGGCAGGUCAUACCGCUCACAUUAUCAGGGGCGUCAUGUAUGUCUUGUUUGGCUACAGUCCUAUAUACGGCUACCAGAACAGAAUCCAAGAAUACAAUAUAGCUAACGAUAGUUGGACUGUUCCAAAGACCAGGGGAGCCCUGGUGCAGGGAGGCUAUGGACACUCCAGUGUGUACUACCCGCCCACAGACAGGAUCUACAUCUACGGAGGUUACCACGCCCGCAGUACCUCAAACUACGACCUCACGGACCAACUCUUCUCAUUCGAACCCUCCACCAGGAUCUGGAUCAAGUUACGCAGUAACCAGCUCCCCCGUUAUCUGCACACGGCCGUCAUCGUGGAUGGGAUGAUGAUUGUUUACGGAGGGAACACCCACAAUGACACGUCCAUCAGCCUGGGGGCCAAGUGUUACUCCCCCGACCUCCUCCUCUACGACAUUCAUUGCAACAAAUGGUCCCAGCUGGACUCAUCAGAGCUGAACUUGCACGGGGCGCGCUAUGGUCACUCAGCAUUGACUCUAAAUAGGAAUGGUGGGACUGAGAUGGUAGUGAUUGGUGGAUUCAGUGGAAUCAUGGAGGACAACGCCCUGCUCUUCUCACCAGGCAACUGUUCGUACCAUUCAUCAGAAGUGGAGUGUGAGGGCUCUGUACAGGGGAGGUCUUGUGUGUGGAGGAGUGGUCGAUGUUUGGCCUUGUCUGACCUUGACCCCAAUGACACUGGAGAGAGGUCGUGUGAUCCGUCAGAAGGUCAGGAGGAGAUAUGUAAAUCUUUCACGUCGUGUCCAACUUGUUUGUCGACGGCCUUUGGGUGUGUGUGGUGUGGAAAGACAUGUGUAAAACAAGACAACUGUACAAACUCGGAGCUUAUGAGUCCUAAUAGUGCUGACAAUCUGACUGAAUGUUCCUAUCAGACAGAGAAGCCCUGCCCUGAACAACAUAAAUGUCAAGGCUGUAAUUCUUUCCCUGAUUGUCAGUGGGGAACCGACCGCUGUGAAUCUGUCGAGGACCCCGAAAAGAACAAAAGUUCAGCUGAUACAUUCAAUGACCUUGAUGACCUCAAUAAGACAUCAUGUCGGACCCCCUGCUACCUCAAAACCGACUGUGAGAACUGUACUUCGUCCAGUUGUAUGUGGUGCAGUAACCAACAGAAAUGUGUGGAGACCAACGCCUACGUAGCCACAUUUAUCUAUGGACAAUGUAUGGAGUGGACGACAGACAAAUCAAAGUGUCCGUCCACUCGAUGCUCGGACCUUCACUCCUGUAAAGACUGUCAGUCAAACCCAUUGUGUGGGUGGUGUAAUGACCCCAGCAACACAGGGAUUGGUCGAUGUGUGGAGGGCGGAGCCUCAGGACCUGUCAAUCAAACCAAUCACCAGAUGACAGACCUCAGUAUAUGUCCAAUCACUCAGUGGUACUUUGUGGACUGUCCAGAGUGCCAGUGUAAUGGCCACAGCACCUGUUUAAACGUGACUGGAGAAUGUGACAGCUGUCAGAACAUGACAGAAGGAAAGAAUUGUGAGGUGUGUAUGUACGGCUUCUUUGGUGAUUCUACCAAUGGAGGACGAUGUUCCCCAUGCCAGUGUAAUGGUCAGGCAGACAGCUGUGACAACAAGUCGGGGGCGUGUUUCUGUAGGACCAGAGGGGUGGUGGGGGACAACUGUGACAGAUGUGAUGAACCACACAAAUACUUUGGGAAUCCUAAAACUGGAACAUGUUAUUAUAACCUGGUGACGGACUACCAAUUCACCUUUAACCUUUCCAAAAAGGAGGACAAACCCUACACUCAGAUCAACUUCAUGAACAUCCCCUCCUCGAGUGAGAGGGAUGUUGACUUCAAAGUGAAUUGUUCAGGGGUUGCUUACUUGAAUAUAACAAUGAAAAAAAAAUCCCAGGGGGACAGAGAGACCAUCAUUGUCCAGAAACACUUGUGUAACUACUUCCGGGCCAAGUUUGACCACGGCGAGUAUUCCUUCGGACCGGAAGAGAACACCACCUUUCUGGUUUAUGUUUAUGGAUUUAAAACUCCAUUCUGGCUCCAGAUCUCCUUUUCCCAGUUUGCCAAGAUAGACUUGGUCCAUUUCUUUGUGACAUUUUUCAGUUGUUUCCUGUCCUUGCUCAUCAUUGCGGCGGUCCUGUACAAAAUAAAACACAAGUACGACAACUACCGCCGGAGACAGCGUAUGAUGGUAGAAAUGGAAGAGAUGGCUAGUCGACCAUUUUCUUCCAUCACCGUGGAGAUAGACAGGAAGUACAGUCAGAUUGGAGCCGAGAAAAAAGAAACGGAUCUCAGAAAACGAAAAAAGACCAGCUCAAAACCGAGUCAGAUAGCUUGUGAGCCACUGCACCACCAAAAGGCGGCGGUCAUGUCGCUGAUAGUACAGCUACCGACCGGUGAGGAUGAAUGGACGCCUAAUGGAGCCUCAGGGGUAGCCAUAGCUAGCGCACUAGUGACUGUGGGACAUCAUCGAAAACAGAGUUUGGAGCACGGAGGGAAAGGGGACAAAAGUAAACACAAGAAAGUUCUGUUUCCUGGGACCCAGGAUGUGUGCGUCUAGUCCAUUCUCUAGGGUCCACCCCUGGUGUUCUCAGGGAGUGGCUAUUAUUCUGGUGAUGAAAAGGGAGUUGUGAUUGUGCAUUCCUAUGAAAACUAUUUAAACAAAAAAUAAAAGGUGCUAUUGUUUGAAUACAUAGACACUAGCUAUAUCGGUUGAACAAUGCAAUGUUACUUAAAUCUAUUGUAUCAGAGUUGUUUUCUGUGAUGUGUUGAUGGAUCAUUACUUUUGUAUCAUUCCUAUUGUGACUCAGAGACAUUGUAUUCUCUAUCCAUGCUGUGAAACCAGUGAUGGAAUGAACAGAUGUUUGCUUAUUAUCUUUGUGGCAUUUCUUUCAUCCAAUCAGUGGUAUUUACUCUAAUAUCUUUUUCUUUUCUUGAGAUCUGCUAAAUUAAUAAUUUAUACCAUAUAUUUACAAAAUGCAAAGCAGCUGGAAUGAUUAAGAUUUAUAGCAUUUAAUUGAAUUAUUUCCUGUUCUUUUCCGUAACACGUCGGACUAGUCAGUUGUCCCUGUCUCUUGUGAAGGUCCUUCUUUCUGUGAUAUUUUUACCUUGUUAACUUUUAGACAUCAUGUUGUACAUACUGGUCUCUGUUUUUAUUGUUGUAGGGGGUAGAUAUUCCCCUCAGUGUUAUGUGCUGCUUCAACUGGGGCUGUUGUCCAUAAAGGGGACUAAGUCAUACCCCAUGUUUGUAAAUACACCAUGGAAGUUAAGAUACUUUUGUCAUUAGUGCUGUCAAUUCAUUGUACAUAUUAUUUUCUCACAUACAAGGUCACAUGGACCUUCAGAAAACAAGCAAAUUUCUUUUUUCUUUUGAGUCUUUUUAAUCAUACAUAUCAUUUCACAAACAUUAUCUCCAGGGUUUAGAUUUAAUCUGACAAAUGUGCAGCAAUGAAAAAUAAUCUUGAAUUUAAUGGUUCCCUCCAUAGGGAUCUUGUAUUGUUGUAGUCUGCAGCAAUAUGAGUAUAUUAUUAAAUAUACAUGUGUAUAUAGUAGUUUCUUUUCUUAAUAUAGUCACUGUCUAUAACAUUUUUUAAAAGGCCAAAUAGACCAAAGUUCACUGUAUAGGUUAUUAUGUAAUCAAAUUUUGUAUGAUUGUAUGAAUAAUUUAUUGAUUUCAGAAUGAAUGUUUAUCUCGGAGAGAGAGAAAUAGAGAACGGUUUUAAAAUGCAUAUCAUUUUUAUUGUAAAUAACUAAGUACUUACUGCUAUAUGUAUAUAUGUAUGUGACAAGACGCAUUAUAUAAACUAAUAUGAUGACCCAUAGAAAGAUGUCAUUAUCUUAAGGUGUGCUCUUUUUCAUAUAUUUUUCUUAAUAAUGACCUUCUACAUUAAUGUAAACAAUUUUCACCCUGAUUUAUUGUAAAAGCAGGUCUUUUUUAUGAAAUUUAUCUUCAAUUUCUUGUCAUUGUUCAGCCGUUGUUGACCUUGUGUUACUUAUAUAGUAAAGUUAUUUGUUUUCCCUGAGGCUUGUACAGGGCAUUUGUUUCACAAUGAUGUAUGAACAAACAACAGAUUUAGAAAUCCAGAGUUGUUCCACAACAGCCACUGUAAAAACUAGCUUGGUCUCUUUCAUAUUGUAUUCUUCCUGUGCAAUUCAGUGCAUCAAAAUCUGUAUAUUUUUGGUGAAUAUAAUAUCAGGGAUUCAAAAAUUUGAUGAAUGGUAAUCUAUAGAAAAUGUUGCCGAUUUUGUGGGAGGCUUGUAUUUGUGUAUAACUGAGACUUUUACUGGGUCUGUGAGAGAAUGGUGGGAUAUGUGUGAAUGGGCAGAACUUUGUGAGAAAUUAUUGCUAUCAUUGAAAACCAAUGCCAGUUCUGACCAUGGGCGCCUUCUGGAGAUCUCUUAAUCAACUAAUUUAAAUCUAAUUUACACAAUAGAAAACUUGUAUAAGUUUACAAAUUAAUGUUUGAGAGACUCCAUUUUAGAAAAAAAAGUAAAGCAGUCAAUCAAUACAAUCUGAUCCCAACAGGAAUUUAAUUCUUAAUUGUGGAUGAUCCAAUGGGAAUGAGGCACAAUAAAGAUGAAUUCAGUAAUUGGUCCCUGGUCCAUAGGUCUAAAGUGAUGGAUCGUAGCAUGUAAGAGACUAGCUGCAGAGCUGUAGCUCCAAGUCUGAAAAAAUUUGAGUGGAUGAUCCAGGUCUACAGACCUGCAGCUAGAGAGAGAGAGAGAGAGAGAGAGAGAGAGACUGGUAUGUUCUUAUUGUACUUGUUUGUUGUUCAGAAGUUCAUUGGUGAAAUGUGUGUAGUCUAAAAAACCAUACAAAAUAAACAGAAAACAUCUCA